AUGAAUUAGUAAAAUCUUAAACUCUGCUCUGAAAUAAUUGAUGAUAAAUAUGUCAAAAUAGCUUCAAAUUCUCUAAAUGCUAAAGAGAAGCUGUUUAAAUUAUUGCUAUCCUAAAGACAAUUACCUGAAGAAGGUUUCGAUGAUCUUACAAUUGAAUAUUUGCUCAACAUAUUUGCAACUAUGGAUACCAACAAUUUUAGUAAUAAAGUGGGUGUGGGAGAAAGAGAAAGCAGAAUUUUCUCAGCACUUGUUUAAAAAAGAAAUUAUUACAUGGGACAUGGAAUUGGAAGAUCAGGAGAUCUAAUUGCCAGCCAACCAAAAGCUGCAGGAUCCUCUUUAAUAGCCAAAUUAACUAAGCAUUUAGCUAAAGACGCUUUAAAGUUGAGCAAUUAUCAAAUUAAUGAAUUGCUUCUUGUACCUGUUGCUACAGGAAUGGCAAUAUCACUUUGUUUAUUGGCAUUGAAAUCUUUAAAGCCAUAAGCAAAAUACGUUCUAUGGCCAAGAAUAGAUUAAAAAACAUGCUUAAAAUGCAUUUAAACAGCCAACCUUAUUCCCAUAGUAAUUGACUCUGUGAUCCAAGACCAUGUCGUAACAACUAAUUUAGAUAUGUUAAUCUAAAAAGUUAAUGAAAUUGGACCAGACAAUAUUGUAUGUGUUUUAAGCACUACAAGUUGUUUCGCACCCAGAAUUCCAGAUAACAUUGGGGAAAUUGCUAAAAUCUGUAAGUAAUUCUCAAUAUACCAUGUUGUUAACAAUGCGUAUGGCCUUUAAUGUAAUAAAAUAGCCAACUCCAUUAAUUUAGGAUUAGCUUAAGGAACAGUCAACUUGAUUGUUUCAAGCACUGAUAAAAACUUUAUGGUUCCUGUUGGCGGGGCUUUGAUAUAUGGCAAUGAUAAAAAGCUCAUUAAAUAAAUUAGUGAAUUGUAUCCAGGCAGAGCAAGUGCUGCUCCAAUUUUAGAUUUAUUUAUUACCUUUUUGUCUAUGGGCAAAUCAGGUUAUUUGCAAUUACAAAAGGAAAGAGUAGAAAAUUACGCAUAUUUUAAAGAGAAACUUUAAAUCAUGACAUAGAAAAUUUCUGAACAAAUACUUAAUACUCCUAAAAAUAGCAUCUCUAUUGGCAUAAGCUUGUAGAACUUAAAAAUUGAUUAGAAUAAUUAAGAAGAAAAAAAUUAAAUUACUAAAUUAGGAGCCAUAUUAUAUUCUAAAAAAGUGAUGGGAUCAAGGGUUAUUACAAAUAAAAAAAAUAAGGUAGUUUGCGGUAUUGAAUUCAAAAAUUACGGAAGUCAUUGUGAUAAUUAUUUUACACCUUAUAUCACAGUUGCAUGUGCGAUAGGUUUAACAAAGCAAGAAAUUGAUACGUUUGUUUAAGAAUUUGAGAAGGCUUAUACUCAAAAUACUUGA